CCGAGCUACACGUUGACCUUUGUCGGUAACCCUUCCCAUCACACCCCAUUGCCCUUUUUGGCAGACGAACAAAUCCAACUGGUCCUCGAUCCGGAAGUUCACGACUAUCUAAUUCCGAACAAUGGAUUAAUCGGAUUUCGAAUGGCUGUGAUCUCCUAUUUCGGCGAACUAAACGAGUCUUCAGCGUACACCUUUGUGGUCGGAACACGAUUUCACACAUUGAUCGAUGUUCGGUAUCUGAAUCGAAAUUCACUGAACAGGUUCCGGAAGCUGAAAUACAUGUUGCCGAAGAACGAUUCGGACAGACACCCGUGCAUUCCACACCUGGACCGCAUGCUCCAAGAUUUCAUGAAGGAUGUAGCCUCUUCCAGUUCAAUCGUACUGUCGAUGAUGUCCACCUUGGCUGACGCACAAAACGCCACAGUUCAAGAUGGCGAGUUGGCUGAUCAGGAACUGGAGCUUGUCGAUAGCUUUUUCAAAGUGAAAUCCAUCGUGUCUCCACGUUCCACAAUUUUGCGAGAUAUUCUAAAGGCGGUGAUGAAGUUACACGUGCAACUCACGAAUGCCUCGACGAACGUCGCUGCCAACGACAACCACUGUCGCAAUUUGAUCGAACAUUACGUUGAUCAGUUGAGACUCAUCGGAAGUCGGGCGAGUUCCGCCCUCACCUUGACGGAACAUGUCAAUAAUGAACUCCACUCACUGAUUCGACACAAUCGAAUGGUUCGUGUGAGCUUCCCGGGGACGAUACCUGGAAACAAACUGGAC